UACUGAGCUGUUUUGGGGUGUGUGUGUUGGGUUUAACCGUGUGUGGAGGGAGCUGAGAACAAGUUUUGGUAGCCGGGGAGCUUAGUAUGAAGUAGCAAAGCAGUGUGAGAAUUGUGAUGAGGUGCUUUGGGGUGGGUGAGGUGAAUGUGGUAUCACCAGCAUGUCUUGAUGUCUUGGUGUGACAGAGCUCAGAAAGGCUUGAGGUAAUUUGGAGCUGGAGGCUUUGUCAUGGCACAAAACCCAAAGCCUGUGCCUUCUGAGUGCCCCCUGUGCUGUUCAGAGCUGUCCUCAAAGGAAGGGAGCAAGGGAAGGAGACACUUUGCUGCCUGGUGCAGGGGGAGGAAUUAUGUAAUGAGGUUAGUUUGGGUGAGUGAAAACAGAGUGGGCAGAAUCCCAACAUGACUGUGACCAGUCCUGGUUCAACCCCAGGCUAAAUGGUACCAGGUCAGUGGGCCAUUUCUGGUUGGAUGAGGGUGUACCGGGAUUGUAUGGUGUUCUUUUCUACAAGAAAAAGUAAGUGUGGUAUUUUCAUUAUGUGGUACUGCUGGGUUUUGUGACACAGCAGCUUCUGUAAGGAAGGCAGGAUCUUAGACAAGGAUUUAACAAAGAUGUCAAGGAGUUAAAGCCUGGGGUGGCUUAGAGCAUGUAGUCCUUGAUAGCAGCUGCUUAUUGCUAUGCCUGCCAGCUCUACAUAGCAAGCAUUUAAAGUUAGGAUUUCAAGUAGGGCUGUAGUUGCUUUGCUUUGGAGGAUGGCAGGUGACUCUGGAGGUGGGAGAAGCUGCAGAGCAAUCAGGGACAAACCAACCAAGGAGUGUCUCAAGAAGAGGUUGUGUUCUCUCCUUGGAACUGGGAGGAGAGAGUGGAAAUAAAGAAUUGAGCUCAGAACAGUUAAGAGGAAUGAGGGAGGGAAGAGCAGCAGCUGAGACAGCUUUACAAGUACCAGCAGCGGAUGGUGGGUGCAGAUGGAUGGAGAGUGAUUCAGCAGGGGAGGAAGUUCUCAUUAGAUGUUCCUAAAUGAGACAAUAAAAGCCUGUGAGAAGCCUACUAGUUCUCUUGCAUUUCUUCUGGUGAAAUCUCCCGGUCUUUUAGGAGUGGGAAGACAACUUAGGUUUGAUGUUUUGUGUGCCAUCAAUUGAAACUGGGGCCAUCAUGAAUAUAACAAAAGGUGGACUGGUGCUUUUUUCAGCUAAUUCCAAUUCUUCAUGCAUGGAACUAUCAAAGAGAAUUGCUGAGCGAUUAGGAGUUGAGAUGGGGAAGGUUCAGGUUUAUCAAGAGCCAAACAGAGAAACAAGAGUACAAAUUCAGGAGUCUGUGAGGGGAAAGGAUGUGUUCAUCAUCCAGACAGUUUCAAAGGAUGUGAAUACUACGAUCAUGGAACUCCUGAUCAUGGUGUAUGCUUGUAAAACAUCCUGUGCCAAAAGCAUAAUUGGAGUGAUUCCUUACUUCCCCUACAGCAAACAGUGCAAGAUGAGAAAAAGGGGCUCCAUCGUCUCUAAAUUACUGGCGUCAAUGAUGUGCAAAGCUGGACUAACUCAUCUUAUUACCAUGGAUUUACAUCAGAAGGAGAUACAGGGCUUCUUCAAUAUUCCAGUUGAUAACUUGAGAGCAUCUCCAUUUUUACUACAGUACAUCCAAGAAGAGAUACCAGACUACAGGAAUGCUGUAAUUGUGGCCAAAUCACCUGCGUCUGCAAAGAGGGCUCAGUCGUUUGCUGAACGUUUGCGGUUGGGAAUUGCAGUGAUUCAUGGGGAAGCUCAAGAUGCUGAGUCUGACAUGGUAGAUGGUCGACACUCACCACCCACAGCCAAAAACGUAGCUGCUAUUCAUCCCAGUUUGGAGAUACCCAUGCUGAUUCCCAAGGAAAAACCACCUAUCACAGUUGUUGGAGAUGUAGGAGGAAGAAUAGCUAUAAUCGUGGAUGACAUCAUAGAUGAUGUUGACAGCUUUCUUGCUGCAGCAGAGACCCUAAAGGAGAGGGGGGCUUACAAGAUCUUUGUAAUGGCCACACAUGGCCUGCUAUCUUCAGAUGCUCCCAGGCUGAUAGAAGAAUCUGCAAUUGAUGAAGUGGUUGUUACAAACACGAUUCCGCAUGAAAUCCAGAAACUGCAGUGUCCUAAAAUCAAGACUGUGGAUAUCAGCAUGAUCCUCUCGGAAGCCAUUCGCAGGAUCCACAACGGGGAGUCGAUGUCGUACCUUUUCAGAAACAUUGGACUGGAUGAUUAAAGCUUUUUAAGUUAAAUAAACACCUUGGGCCAAACUGGAAGCAAAAAGAUACCGAGCUGUGAAGCAUCGUUGCUUAUCGUAAUGUCUCUAUGGAGCCACUCGUUGUUUUCUCUUGGUUUAAGUAUCAGGACAGAACAGUUUGUAAGAGCUGGUUUUCUUUCUUUGCAGUUUUUUUGUGGGAGAUUGAAGAGAGGGGAGAGAGGGAGGGAGGUGGGUGAACAAUUAACAGAGAACCGUUCUAGUUGCUUAUAGGUUAGUUGCACUAUAUACAUGGUGAGAAAACCCCACAAAAGACUUGAAGCGAGAAUUUGGCUUCGAAAUUAAGCAUUCCUUUUCCAAAGCUGCUUGCUACGAGUGCUUUAAAAGGUAAUAAAAUGAAGUGACUCUGAUACCUGCAUUUAAAAAGCCAAAAAGGUUGUACUGUUGUAUGCGGUUCAGUGAUUUUUGUAGGAGUGCUUUUAUAGAAAAGCAUAUGAAAAUAUGCACCUGUAUUUAUUUUCUGCGACAGAGAAUAAAGAUUUGUUUUGUGUGAGCUUUCUAAA